AUGAUGCUAAGAAUCCAUAUUCGGAUUACAAUAGGAGUUGUGAAAGCUGCAGGAGGGCCGGUACGUGCAGCAUCCCCAUGCAUGGAAGCUCACAAUAGAGACCAUUACUUCAACAAGUUCAAUCAUCGUCUGGGACGCAACGAACAGGCUUUGCAUCGCUGCAGAGCCUUCCUUAUCAAUAAAGAACAAGACAUACGCAGAGUUUGUCAUUUACAGAAUGAGGAUGAUGAAUUUCGUAAGUUCGACAAUAACGAGGAUAAUUCCUUCGUAGACAUGGUAUUCUAUGACUCUGUCUCUAUCAUGGAGCUCUUCCUCGGGCAUCAGUACUGGGAUGAUGAUGCGUCGAAUCCAACGUGGCGUCUUUUGGGCAUCCAGCGAGACAUGCUUCUGCUCGAAAACCAGCUUCCACUUUUUGUGUUGCAGGAAUUACAUCGUAGUGUUGUGCAUCCUGUUCUCCGUGAGCAUUCAAGUUUCUUUGACCUUGCCCGUGACCACUUCCAUGAUAAUUUUCUAGAUGCCGGAUCUUCAGCUAGAAAAAUAAUGAACGCGGAAGAAAUGCGACAACUGAAACACUUGACCUAUUUUAUUCGGUAUUUUUAUGUUCCAGAUCGAUGGUCUGUACCAAAACCAGGUAAAUGUCAGUAUUCAGGUGUGUUCUAUAGUGCAAAAAAGCUGAACAAGGCCUUGCUGAAAAUAGACGAGACAACAGAAAGUGUUCUUCGGAACAUCAUUGCGUUCGAGCAGCAUCACUUUGCUGGUGCGGGACAAGAUUUCGUUUCCAACUACGUUGCUCGGCUUGAUGAUCUGAUUGACGAUAACGAAGACGCAGCUCUGCUUUUUGAGAAGCAAAUCACUGUGAACGCGCUGGGAAGCAACGAGGAAGCGACCGAGAUGAUCAAAAGCCGAGCAAACUACUAG